CUCAGGUAGGCGAAACAGGUAGCAUCAAAAGUUUGCAGACAGCAGAGCAGUUGUACUUGACUGGAGUAACACGGAUAGCAGAGGACUGUAUUGCAAUUCUGGUUGUUUUUGGAUGCUACACUACAGUUAAUGUCUAAUUUUCUCGUCAAACGGAAUGCUGGGGAAAUACAUUGGAGAAUAUCUUAAAUUUUUUGGCAACGGACGCUGGAUAUUUCCAUAUUAGUGUAUUCCCCGUGACACAAAAGGAAAGCCGAGGAGCAUUCUCUCCACAGGUGUUCAACUCGUCCUAUUUGCCAUACAAAACGUUCAGCAUGGGAGGCCUUUGGAUUUCUCUGCACUUUUUAACUCUUUUAACAAUCACCUCACUCUUGGGCUUUGGGGCUAAUGGGGAGAUGGCCCAACCACCGAGACCCAGCACUGCUCCUAUUCCCCCCGCCAUUCCCAACAAUGAAGCCCCCCAAUCUUACCCUGAUGAGAAAACUCAUUUACCUGUAUUCUCUAUGGAUUAUCCUCGCAUACAGAUUCCCUUCGAAAUUACUUUGUGGGUGCUGCUGGCGUCUUUUGCCAAAAUAGGUUUCCACGUUUAUCACAAGAUCACCAUCUGGGUGCCAGAGUCCUGCCUGCUCAUCAGCGUGGGCCUCAUCGUGGGGGCCAUCAUGCACUCGGUGCACGAGGAGCCGCCGGCCGUCCUCUCCAGCAACGUCUUCUUCCUCUACAUGCUGCCCCCCAUCGUGCUGGACUCGGGCUACUUCAUGCCAACGCGGGCCUUCUUCGAGAACGUGGGCACGGUGCUGUGGUUCGCCGUCGUGGGCACCCUGUGGAACUCCAUCGGCAUUGGCAUCUCGCUCUUCUCCAUCUGCCAGAUCCAGGCCUUCGGCGUGCAGGACAUCAACCUGCAGGAGAACCUGCUCUUUGCCUCCAUCAUCUCGGCCGUGGACCCGGUGGCCGUGCUCACGGUGUUCGAGGACGUCAGCGUGAACGAGCAGCUCUACAUUGUGGUGUUUGGAGAGUGUCUGUUCAACGACGCCGUCACUGUGGUGCUGUAUAACCUCUUCAACCAUGUGGCGGAGUUGCCCGUGGUGGAUGCCCCUGAUGUGUUUCUGGGCGUGGCGCGGUUCUUUGUGGUGGGCCUGGGAGGAGUGCUGUUCGGUUUCCUGUUUGGCGUGGUGGCCGCCUUCACCACGCGCUUCACGGGGAAGGUGGGCGAGAUCGAGCCCCUCUUCAUCUUCAUGUACAGCUACUUGGCCUACCUGGUGGCCGAGCUGUUCUCCAUCUCCAGCAUCAUGGCUAUAGUAACCUGUGCUCUGACAAUGAAAUACUACGUGGAGGAAAAUGUGUCCCAGCGCUCCUGUACCACAAUUCGCCAUGUCAUCAAGAUGGUGGGCACUGUGUCCGAGACUUUGAUUUUCUUCUUCUUGGGCGUGGUCACCAUAACAACGGAGCAUGAAUGGAACUGGGGCUACAUCUUAUUCACCCUCCUCUUUGCUGUUGUCUGGCGAGGCCUAGGCGUUUUGGUCUUGACUCAGAUUAUUAACCCUUUCCGCACCAUCCCUUUCAACCUAAAAGACCAGUUUGGUCUGGCCUACGGUGGCCUGAGAGGCGCAAUUUCCUUUGCCUUGGUUUUCACCCUUCCAGAAACCAUUGGCCGCAAGAAACUUUUCAUCACAGCCACUAUUGCCAUCAUCAUCUUCACAGUUUUCAUCCAGGGGAUCAGCAUACGGCCUCUCAUUGAACUGAUGAACGUCCGUAAAACCAACCGCAACCUGGACACCAUUAAUGUGGAAGUCCACACAAGGCUUAUGGAGCACACCAUUGCCGGCAUAGAGGACCUGUGUGGACAGUGGAGCCACCACUACUGGAAAGACAAGUUCAUCAAAUUUAAUAACCGCUUUAUCCGAAAAAUCCUGAUCCGGGACAACAGAGCGGAGUCCAGUAUUGUAGCACUGUAUAAGAAGCUGGAGCUUCAGAAUGCCAUGGAAAUCCUGGAUUCAGUCUCUCCCGAUAUCAGCGAUCUACCGUCAGAUGCAUUGCUACCUGACACAAAGCCUAGCAGCAACCCCAAAAAGAAGUUCCUGGCUUCCGAUCUCCGAAACAUGCAUGACAUUCUGUCCAAGAAUAUGUACAAGAUCAGACAGAAGACUGUUGCAUAUACCAGCAAGUACGCCAUGCCCAAUGACACGAGAUCCAAGGAGAUUCUAAUCAGGCGGCACAGCAGCAUCCGGCGAAGUCUUCGGCCUGGGAGCUUCCAGGGCCCGGAUGUAGCGAAAUCGCACAAGUAUCUUUCCCUUCCAGCUGGGCAGAACCUGGACUCUAGAUUCCCUCCAAAGAGAAUGAGUCACGUUGGUGAUGGCGACACCAUGUCAGAGAUGGGCUACCCAGCGGUCAGGGCCCGGUUCGGCCGGCCCCAGCGGGCCUCGUCCAGCAGCGGGAUGCCCCUGCACAGGCUGGACACCCUGAGGGAGGCGCCCUCGUCGGUCAGCGUGGUGGACGAGCAGCAGCCGCUCCGGGACGUCCAUCACCGCGGCCACGGCCGCAGAGCUCCUGUCCCCCGCCAGCGGAACGGCUCCUCCAGCGACUACGACGCCAGGGCCAGAGGCACCGAGCAGGAGGAGGAGGAGGAGGAGGAGCGGCAGCCACUGUCUUCCCCUCCAGCCUGGGCCCUGGAGGCCCACGGGCAGGAUGAAGAGCAGGAGCAGGAACCGGGUCGGGGUCGGGGUCGGGGUCGGGGUCAGCAGCAGGGUCAGGGUCAGGGCCGGGGUCGGGCCCCACAGCUCAGGCCUCAGUGGAAGCCACGGCAACAGCAGAGGCCCUGAGAGAUGCUCACAGGCUCUGGGACAGACAGCAGGACGGCUAUUGGUUCAUGAGAGCGUCCACUAUGUGAGAUGGACUGCUUGCCCCAAUGGGACCUUCGCCAGUUGCGUUAUUUAUGUGAUAAACCAAACAGAAGAGCACUCCUACAUACCUCAUGGCUGGUCCCUUUAGUAUCUCAGUACUUCCACAUCUCUUCCAGUUUUUAGAAGGAAAAAAAGAACAACUUUACUUUUUUACAAAAUCAUGUUUUUAUGAUAGAAUGUUUGCUUUGAAUGAAGCUCUGCAUACAGUAGACACUGUCGUAAUAUAGUAAAUAUUCAAAGACAGAUUUGAGAUGUAUGUCUUUAGUACAGGCAAACCUGACAUUACAGACAUCUGUGUGGAAACAGCAGCCUCUGCAGGCUAUUGGUGUUGAGUAGAGUGUGUAAAGUCAAUAUUUUAAUGUGGUGUAAUAAAAUGUAAAUAAUACAGGACUUUAAAUCUG